AUGUCCUCCUAUAAACUCACCUACUUUAACAUCAAGGGAGCCAGAGGCGACAGCAUCCGCAUGGCUUUCCAUUACGGUGGGAUCCCCUUCACCGAUGAACGAUUGACGUCAGAGGAAUUCGGUAAAAUCAAGGAGACUCUCCCGUUCGGGCAGGUUCCUAUCCUGACAGUUGACGGGAAGAAGGUGAUUUCUCAAGAAGUUGCAAUCCUGCGUUACAUUGGUCGGUUGGUGGGCCUCUACCCGGAUGAUCGAGAAGAGGCUGUCAGCGUUGAUAUCCCGUUGUCUUUUGUUGAUGACUUGUACUCUAGCGUGCUAGCAUUUUUUGCACCCGAGCAUCCAGGAAAGGAGGUUGUGACGAAGAUGAUGGCGGAGCAGCAAAUCCCGAAAUCGCUUAGCUAUCUCAACAAAUAUCUGGCCAACAAAGCCAGCACUUUCAGUGCUGGGGACAAUUUGACCGUGGCCGACUUGAGGAUUUAUUCGGCGCUGGCUCUUUUCAAAUCAGGAGCGCUCCAAGGCUUGUCCCCGGACAUCGUCGACAAGUACCCCUCCAUCGCAAAACUCUACCAGGCUAUCGAGGGUCAUCAGAAGCUUGCUGGCUGGAAAAGAGCUCAAGUUCAAUAA